UCCAGCCGCCGCACUGACCGAGCGCAGCCACCUCGGUCUCCGCGAACUCGCGUAAAAGUGUUCUUGAAGUGGCUAUUCAAAGUAUGGAAAAUAAUUAUCAGGACUGGACUGUAUCAGUACAUGACAGAGUCUGACUGUUUUCUCAAUCUUCGUUACCGCUGUUGUAUCGAUGAGGUCCCAGUGACUAGAAGACUUCUCCGGUGUGAUCAAGAUCUGUUCCUCGCUUUCUACCAUAUCUCACUCAAGGCUAUUUGUGAUACAAUGGGGUGCUGCACUGGACGCUGUACUUUAAUCUUCAUCUGCACAUUGCAAUUGAUGCUGGCUCUGGAGCGUCAGGUGUUUGACUUCCUGGGCUACCAGUGGGCCCCCAUCCUGGCCAACUUCUUCCACAUCAUCGUGGUCAUCCUGGGCCUCUUCGGCACCAUCCAGUACCGGCCCCGAUACAUCAUGGUGUACACUAUUUGGACGGCCCUGUGGGUGGCCUGGAACGUCUUCAUCAUCUGCUUCUAUCUGGACGUGGGAGAGCUGUCUAAGGACAGUGACCUGUUGACCUUCAACAUCUCGGUGCACCACUCGUGGUGGCGUGAGCACGGUCCGGGCUGCACGCGGCGUGAGAUCCCCCCGGGGGGGCUGGGGAACAUGGCGGGGGGCCUGGGGGGCAUGAUGGACAGCCAGACCUACGUCUCGGUGGCCGGGUGUCUGCUGGAGUACGAGUACAUUGAGGUGCUGCACAGCGGAUGCCAAAUCCUCAUCUCGCUCCUGGGCUUUGUGUACGCCUGCUACGUCGUGAGUGCCAUCACUGAGGAGGAAGAUAGCUUUGAUUUUAUUGGUGGAUUUGACCCAUUCCCACUCUACCAUGUCAAUGAGAAACCAUCUCACCUUCUCUUAAAGCCCAUGUACUUGUCUCCGUAAGUGAUGACACGCCACUCAAUGAAGCCGGUGCUCGGGGCUGACAGCAAAACAGAGGAUCAAGACUCCGGAAUCCACACCAUCUCUCUCUCUCUCUCUCUCUCUCUCUCUCUCUCUCUCUCUCUCUGUCUCUCUCUCUCGCCAGAUGACACUCUCCGCUGCUUGCGGACUGCUAAACUCGUCCGAUCUCAUCUCAUCUGAUCCCUUCUAAUCUUCUCAGCGCUCCGUGUUGUCAAACUGGCCCUCUGCUCUGCUCAGCUCUGCUCUGCUCUGCUCGGCUCUGCUCUGUGUGAAGUAGUGUAUGCUCUUCACUAAUUACCAAACUUCCGACACUAUGUUGUUCAGUUGUCUGCCGCGACUGGAGGAAUGAUUACU